UGUAAGUAUAGCACAAUAUGUCGAUAGAGGAAGUUCCCGUGAUAGACAUUAGCUCUCAGAGCUUGACUGAAUCGACUGCAUCUUCUCUAUUUAGAGCGUGCACUGAAUUGGGGUUUUUCUUCAUAAAAAAUCAUGGCAUUUCAAAGGAGUUUUACCAGAAAUUCAUCUCUGGCAUCGACCUGCUUUUUUCUUCUCCCGAGGAGACCAAGCAAAGGCUGAAACACGGAGUUUCCUCGUACACCCCAAGAUUUGUGAUUUCGCCUUUCUUGGAGACCUUCAAGUUUUCAGGACCCAACUUCUCGGCCUCUUCUACUGCACAGGGUGUCACUCAAUCCCAAUUCGGCCACCAAGCUACUGAAUUCAGCAAUCUUCUAGAUGAAUAUGGAAGCAAAAUGGCAGAAGUAUCGAAAAGAAUACUGAAGCUAUUACUAAACAUCUUGGGGGAUAAUAUAGAAAACAAAUUCUAUGAUCCCGAGUUCAGCAACUGUAAUGGCUACCUAAGAAUAAACGGCUACACUCCUCUUGGCAUGAAUGACGACGAAGAAGUUGAAGUAUUCAAGAAGCACACCGACGUCAGCUAUGUGACGAUAGUGUUCCCAAAUGACAUCAGGGGGCUACAAAUGAGAUCGAAAGGAGGCGACUGGAUCGACGCAAUGCCAAGCGAGGACGAUACUCUUGUGGUGAAUAUUGGAGAUUUAUUGGAGGCUUGGAGCAAUGGGAGGCUGAGAUCUGCCAUACAUAGAGUCGUUUUGAGGAAAAAUAAUAUGAAAAGAUUCUCUAUCGUUUACACAUCGACACCUGAAGAUGAAUCUAGAGAAAUACACGCCCCGAGUGAGGUUGUUGGAGAAGGGAAAUCAAGGCUUUAUCGCCCGUUUUCAACCCAACAAUAUAAGGAUUUUAGGAAUAAGAAUUAUGAGAAAAUUGGAGAAACAAUUAAAGAUUUUGUUGGAAUAUAAUAUUGUUCGAUUAUCUCUUUCGAUCCGACAUAAAUAAAUAAAGAUUAAAAAUAUUAAA